AUGAUAAAUAAAUUGGAAAUAUUUCCAAAUGAGAUAUUUUUAAAUAUAUUUUCUUAUUUAUUCUGGGAUGAAUUGUUAAUAUCAUUCUGGUCAUUAAAUAAACGUAUUAAUUCUCUUAUUUGUUCAAUAUUUCGAGUAAACGGAAUUCUUUUAAAUAAGCCAGGUUUAUCUUAUAAAAAUUUUUCUAAAAUAUUAUUACGAAUAAUAUUUAAUUCAUCAUCUCUUUUAUCUUCUAUUAAAUGUAUUCAUGUUGAUGGAAUGAAUUCAAUUUCUUUGGAUUUAAUUUAUGAAAAGAUUUUUUGUAAUGAUAAUAAACCAACUCUUUGUUUCCCAAAUCUUAAGUCACUUUAUAUUAGUCAAUGCUUAUUAUCUGAACCAUUAACUCAUAUAUUAUGUUCACUUAUUCAAUACCAAUUAAAUGAACUUACUAUAUCAUUUCAUGAAGAUAUCUACGAAAUAUUUGAUUAUGGACGAGGACUCUCAGCAAUUGCUUCUGAUCAAGAAAAAGUCCAAAGAAUGUUUAAACAAUUGUUAUGUAAAAUAUUUUCUGAUCAAUGUCAAUUAACUUCUCUUAAACUCGAUAUUACGAAAUCAUUUAAUUCAAUUCAUCAAUGCUUAAAUUUGCAGUCUCAUCUUGAACCAAACACAAUUUCUAAAUCUUGUUGUUUAACUCUACGUCGUUUGUGUAUUCAUAUCGAUCAUAAAUGUUUUCUUGAACAUCUCAUUGAACAUACUCCCAAUCUUGAACAAUUAUCAGUUCAUUUUCGAAAUUUCUUGUUCAACAAUGAUCACCCCGAUUCAGACACUCAAGCACUAAUAAUAUCAAAUGGAAAUUGGUUUAAUAAAAUAUCAAAAUUGGAAUGUUUCAAAUUGAAGAGCUAUGUGAGAAAUGAUUUAGAAUUUGCUUAUUUAAAAUGUCUUCUUAAUAAUGUUAAUCAUGUUAAAAAACUUGAAAUUCAUUUAUAUAGUGAAGAUAUAGGGAGAUCUUUUAUUGAUGCAAAUUUUAUUCGAGAAUAUUGUUUACCUGAUCAUAUAAUUAAUUUAAAAGAUUUUCGUUUUUAUAUGUGUGCAAAAUGCCAAUUAUCAUUAAAUGAUACUGAAAAAAUAAUAAAUUCAUUUAAAAUCAAUUCUUUUUUUAUCGAUCAUCAAUGGACAAAUGUUAAAUGUUUUUAUGAUGAAAAUAUUUCAUAUCAACAUAUAUUUUCUUCUAAUUUUGAUAAAUAUCAAUACUUUGAUCAUUUACUGAAUUAUCGUUAUAUCUUAAAUGAUUUGUUAGAUCCUCAACAUAUUAAGAUCAAUUUUGAUCCAUCUCUUUACUCAUUUUUUGAACAGUUCAACGAAUUAUGUCCUAAUGCUUUUUGUAUCACCAUUGAUACAGUUCGUUUUUCUAAAUUUACUGGCCAAGAUAAAGUUCGUGCAAAAAUAUUUGCUCAUCUAAUUUCAAUGCCUGUUCAACUAAAGUAUCUUUCUCUUGCAAAAUUUCAAUGGCUUUUAUAUGUUAUUGAAAAUGCUUUUGAUGACUUGAGAGAAAAUGCACUAAGUACUGUUCGACAUGCUGAAUUUGGUAUUCCAACUUGUAAUUUUGGUUAUAAUGAAUCAGUUCAAAUUGGUAAACAUCUUGUACCUUUUCUUAAUAUGUAUAUGCCUCAUUUACAAACAUUACGUCUUUGGAGACCAGAUGAUUUUCCUUGGACAUCGAAUGAACAUGCAACUAUUUUUGAACAAGAUCUUUCUCAAUUAGUUGAACAAUUAAAACAAUUUGUCUUUCUCGAUAUUUAUGGCAAUAUUUCUUCUAAAAAAGUCAAACCUUAUCGUUUAAUGGUCCAAACUCGCUUUCCAAAUAGUCGAUUUGAUGUUCACAUAUCAAGGUUUCGUCUUUGGAUGUAA